GAACUAGGGAGGGUCCCUUCAGAGAUCCUUUGUCUAUCUCCAUCCCUCCUUUGGACCCAGAUUGCUCUUAUCCGACUGUGGUCUUGGCUGUGGCUCUUCUUCCUGUUCCUCAAGCGCACGGGAGAUGCCAAACCCAAUUUUUUCCAGGACUGUUUAAUGGAGGUGUUUGACAACUUGGACCACCACAUUCAGCACCCUGCUGUUCUCCUGUCCAUCCUCCAACUAAUGGAACGGGGCACAAUGGUGCUUACUACCAAUUAUGACAACUUACUUGAAAUCUUUGGCCAACAGCAGCAUAAAGCUAUGGAAUCCAUUGACCUGAAAGAUAAAGACCAGGUUCUCCAGUGGGCAAAAGGACACCUCAGAUAUGGCGUCCUUCACAUUCACGGUCUGUACACUGAUCCCUGUGGAAUGGUGCUGGAUCCCUCAGGAUAUCAGGAAGUGACUCAAGACCCUGAAGUGAUGGAGGCACUACAAAACCUAUACCGGCGAAAAUCUUUUUUGUUUGUGGGCUGCGGGGAGACCCUGCGUGAUCAAAUCUUUCAAGCUCUUUUUCUAUACACGGUUAAAAACAAAGUGGAACUAGAACAUUACAUGUUGGUGCUCAAGGAGAACGAAGACCAGUUUUUUAAAUUGCAGGCAGAUAUGCUUGUGCAUGGCAUAAAAGUCGUAUCUUAUGGGGAUCGCUUUGAACAUUUCCCAGUGUACCUGCAGGAUCUCACCGCCCAGAUCUGCAAACAAAGGAGCCCAGAUGCAGACAGGGUGGACAGCACAACACUUUGGGGGCCAUCAUGUGCGGAUUGCACAAAGAGAAGAUUAGGGGAGAGUCGGAACGACCGGGCCAAGAAGGCAAGGCACCUGAAGGACGAUCCUGCUGAAGAUGGUGUCCUUCUGUGACUGUAACUCACCAGUCCUUGAGAAACAGCUCCCUGCUCUGGCCCUUUGGAUCUGUUGAGAAUCAAGGAACAGAUAGGUGUGCACUUCUUGGGAGGGGAGAACUAUAUGAAUAUCAUACCCGAUAAUUCAAAUUUCAGAGGUGUCCUUGGGGAGGAGCAGAUUUCUAAAUAUCUCAGGGAUGAAGUCUUGGAAAAGAAGGAGCUGUGGCCUCCGAAACAGCAUUUGUUUUUUUGACCGCCUCUCAUCUUGUUUCAAUCCAUGCAGUGUGAGUUAAGCACAGGAAGCCUCUUUCUCCCCCUGAAGGGCUGUGUGACGCCUAGCGAGAGGAAAGAGGAACGAAAUCUAAGUACAGCGUUCCAGGUGCCUGGGCAAGAGCAUGACCAGGAAUCUUGGAUUUUCUUAGCAUAAUACUGGGAGUUGCAAAAGAUCAGUGGCUAAGUGCUGAUGUAACAGGAUUUAUACAUUUUAUAAGUUCCUGAAGAAAAAAAAAACCUUGAACAAGAUGAGAAAUAUGUGCACUUAAUUUCUUUGUAUUUGUAUAAAUAAAAAGACACUUUUUUGUGA